UUUGCGCAUUUUGUCGAACUUCCGUUUAGACCUGCGGGGAGCUCGCUGCGUCUGACCGAAACAUCCCUUUUAUUAAACUUUUCUCCAUCUUUCCGUCAGUGACCAGGCAGCCAUGUCGAGUCACGAACCCGUCAACAUGAAGCUUCCUCCGAUCCAGUCCACGGCCGGAGCCGUGCCGGUCCGGAACGAGAAGGGUGAGCUCUCCAUGGAGAAGGUGAAGGUGAAGCGUUACGUCUCAGGGAAACGUCCGGACUAUGCACCCAUGGAGUCGUCCGAUGAGGAAGAGGUGGAGUUCAAGUUUGCGAAGAAAGGAAUGGAAAUGGAGGUGGUGGAGGUGGAGCAGCUGGAGGAGGACGUCUCUGACCCACGUCUCAAACGUUUGCUCAACCGGUCCAACGAAGACGUGGAGGAGAGGCUGGCGAGGCACAGGCAGAUCGUAGAGCCUGAAGUUGUGGCUGAGAGCAGCGAGGACUCUGAUGAAGGCACGUGGCACCCCAAGCAGGAGGAGGAAAGCAGCGAGGAGGAAGAUGAGGAGGAGGAAGAAGUGGAUGACGAGGAAAUUGAAAGGAGACGAGCGAUGAUGCGUCAGCGAGCGAUGGAAAGAAAGAGCGAAGACAUGGAGGUCAUGGAGGUGGAAGAGGAGGGGAAGUCGGUGGAGGAUUCAGAGUCGGAGUCAGAGUACGAAGAGUACACGGACAGCGAGGACGAAGCAGAGCCGCGACUCAAACCUGUCUUCAUACGCAAAAAAGACCGGGUGACCGUAGCAGAGCGAGAAGCUGAGGAGGUGAAGCAACGAGAACUGGAGGCCGAGGUCAAGAAGCAGGCGGAGGAGCGGCGCCGCUACACCCUCAAGAUCGUGGAGGAGGAAGCUAAGAAGGAGUUCGAGGAGAACCGGCGCACCCUGGCCGCCCUGGAAGCCCUGGACACUGACGGAGAGAACGAGGAGGAGGAGGAAUAUGAAUCCUGGAAGGUCCGAGAGCUGAAACGCAUCAAGAGGGACAGAGAGGCUCGAGAAGCAAUGGAGAAGGAGAAGGCUGAAAUCGAAAGGUUCCACAGCCUGACGGAGGAGGAGCGCCGGGCAGAGCUGCGCAACAACGGCAAGGUCAUCACCAACAAGGCCUCCAAGGGCAAAUACAAGUUCCUGCAGAAGUACUACCACCGAGGAGCCUUCUUCCUGAACGAGGAUGAUGAUGUUUACAAGAGAGACUUCAGCGCUCCGACUCUGGAGGACCACUUCAACAAAACCAUCCUACCCAAAGUGAUGCAGGUGAAGAACUUUGGCCGGUCAGGACGCACCAAGUACACCCACCUGGUGGACCAGGACACCACGUCGUUCGACUCGGCCUGGGCCCAGGAGAGCGCUCAGAACAGCAAGUUCUUCAAGCAGAAGGCAGCAGGUGUGAGGGACGUGUUCGACCGGCCCACCGUGAAGAAGAGGAAGACCUAAGCUCCACCAGUGUUUCCAUCAGAUCUAGACUCGGAGCUGCUUCAUCCUGUGACAUCAGUUCGGUCUGUCUGGACUUUGUCGUGGGAGAAAAGGAACUGAUCCUCAUGCCUUGUUGGUCCAACCAGGAGAAAUCUGAGGCUGCAGCUGAACAUGUGGGACACCAGCUGAGACAGAUGUUCCUAAC